AUGAACAACGAAUACGACUAUUUAUUCAAGUUGUUGUUGAUCGGCGACUCGGGCGUUGGCAAAUCAUGCUUACUUUUGAGAUUCGCUGAUGACACCUAUACGCCAGACUACAUUUCCACCAUCGGUGUAGAUUUCAAGAUCAGAACGAUUGAGUUGGACGGUAAGACCAUCAAGUUACAGAUCUGGGAUACUGCUGGCCAAGAGCGUUUCAGAACCAUCACGUCGUCAUACUACCGAGGUGCUCACGGGAUCAUCAUUGUGUAUGAUGUCACGGACCAAGAAUCGUUCAACAACGUCAAGCAGUGGCUCCAAGAAAUUGACCGUUAUGCCACUGGCGGCGUGAUGAAGUUGUUGGUGGGUAACAAGGCAGACUUAUCGGACAAGAAGAUUGUCGAAUACACGGCCGCUAAGGAGUUUGCGGAUGCGCUUGACAUUCCGUUUUUGGAAACUUCUGCUCUUUCGUCCACCAACGUUGAACAGGCCUUCUACACCAUGGCUAGACAGAUCAAGGCUCAGAUGACCAGUAACGUCAACGCCAACGCUGCAAGUGGCGCCAACGCAGGUAAGUCCAAUGUCAACUUGAGGGGCCAGUCGUUGACUUCUGGCCAAACAAAUUCGUGUUGUUGAAUAGACCCAGUUGUAGAGUUUUCGAUACUAAUGAUGAUAAUAAGAAGAAUAUUAUUGUAAUCACAGGGUCCGCGGAUCGGUUGCUAGUAUAUACUGUUGUUACAAGUUGUUUAGGUAAUAUGAUUAUAUUGUG